AUGGACCACCACGGCUCCUCUCUUCUGGAGAAUCCAUACAUCCCUUAUCACUGUAUGGACUGCUAUCUCUCGAGCACAUGUUUAGGUUCGAUCUCAAUGGGAAAAUAA